CAUGUGCGCAACUUAAAGUAUGCUGCAUAAUUUAGUAUCUGGUGGUCUGAUGUUCUUGGGCCUAACUGUGUCCUCUGCUCCCAGCCCACUUGCCUAUCCCUAGUGCUUAUAAACUUUGGACUGAAUCUCCCUGGCCUCCUUUUGCUUCUGCUGGAGCAAAAUUUCUGCUGACUUAAUUCAAGCCACUUUUAAUUGGCACCUAGAGUCCAGCAGAAAAUCUAUUUUGGUUAUGGUAUUUUUUCUCAAGCCCAGAAGUAAUUGAGAAAUUGCCUUUUUUAAAAAAAAAAAGGAAAUGUAGCUCUGAGUGGGUACCUUUUUGGCCAUUCACUCGUGGCAAGGCUAUGUGACAGUCCAAUACGUUAGCCACACAUGGCUAAUUGGGAAUCCAUAGCUGGCUAACUGCAUUUCUGGUGCAUGAAUAAAAAAUGAGCAAUAGCUACCAUUGUUGGACAUGUGAUUACGACACUCGUUCACAAGUUGUAUGCAUGUGCUCUUUUACCUUUUUAUGCAUUUAUUGCUAAAACGUUAAGACAAAAAGCAGAGUUCAAGUAUUCUUUGAAGUGCUUUACUUUCGUGGUUACUGAAUGGUGGUAGAUGUUUGCUCAAUAUUGUGUGCAUAUGUAUGGUAUUUUCUACUUACGUUUGUGCAUGUGACACAAUUGGUGUCAUAGUAGCGUCACAAAUUUCUAUUGGACAACAUUGGCCUAAACAUUGAGCCUGUUGUCCUUGCCUGACAUCCAGUUAUAGCAAAUUCAUCAUAUUUUUUGCUGAGAUUAGCUAUCUCAGUACAGAUCAGGGAAACCUGAGACCCUCGUGGUCUUAUUCACUUACUCCUAUACCUUUUUACAUAGUAUGUUAUUUACAGCACAGAAACUAAUCAGUUGGCCCAACAGGUUCAUGCAGGUGUUUAUGUUCUACACAAGCCUCCUCGCACUUUUCUUCAUAUAACUCUAUCAGCAGAUGAUCAGGCAGGGUCCAAGUUGAACAAUGUUACACAAGUAGAAGUAAACUAUUUUAAUGGAGCGGAUAUGUGGUUGUAAACUAUUUCGGCAUCAAAGGUUGCAUUUUCUGGAGAAGAGACAGUCUGUUCAAUCCUUAUCAGUGUAACCUCUCCAUUCCACUAUCGUAGUCAAUCAAUUUGCACCUUCUCCAAAUCUACAUUUUCUUACAUAUUUUGAAAUUGUAUUUCAGAUUCCCCAGUCCGAUUCAUUUAUGGAAAUGAUGAACAACAGUGGUUCCAGCAUCAAUGCUUGUGGAACACCACUUCUCAUCAUUUAACAGUUUGAAUAACUACCUUUAACCCCUACGCUCUUGUUUCCUGUUUUUUUUAGCCAGCUUGCUACCAAUUAUGCUACCUAUCCCCUGACUCCAUUUGACUGGCUUUAGUCAUGACUCCACUAUGCAGUCAGUACCUUAUCACGUACUUUUAGAAAUCCUAAUAUAUUGUUUCCAUUGCACUAUCCUUGCCUGGCCUUUCUAUUACUACUACAAAGAAUUUAAUAACGUUGGUCAGGCAUGAACUUUUCUUUUGAAAUCAGUCAUGACUUUAGAAAUUGAAAAAAUAAUUUAAAGAUGUUUUCAAUUGCAUCUUUGAAGAAGGAUUCCAUUAUCUUUCCUACCACCAAUGUUAAGCUAAUUGGUCUGUAGUUUCCAAUACUUGUUCUAGGUCCCAGUUCAAAUAUUGGAUUCACAUUAUCUGUCCACCAGUCCUCUGGCACUAUUGCCUUUUCUAAUGAAGUUAUGUAAUAAUACCUCUGCUAUCUCUUUCCUACCUUAUAAUAUGCACAGAUGCAAUCCAUUUGGACCAGGGAUUUUAUCCUCUCUUAGUUUGAUUAGUUUUUCAGUCGAGUCCCCUUUUCUAUCGUAAAUGUCUUCAAAUCUUUUUUGAUUUCUUUUCAUGUCAUGCCCAUCGUGUGUUGGGCAGAGAGCACAACUGACCUGCACUUCUGACUAUGUUCAGAGCACUGCUGGCCACUCUGGUAUUAUUCCACUUAAUGCUAUGCUGUUAUUGCCUAGAUGUUCCCCAAAGCUCACUUCUCUAAUCUGUUCUGGUUCAUUCGCUAAUGCUAGAUCCAACAGGGUUCCCUCCUCGUUGGUGGAACUUUUUACAUACUGGACAAGAAAGGACUCCUGCACACAUUGUCAAAGCCCCAUACCCUAUUUCCUUAUCACUUCAAUCUCUCUUGAUUAUUAUUCUAUGCCCUUUACUCCAUUCACAUUCACUUACACAUUUCUUCCUCCACCUUAUUUCAAUUAUUUGGUGGUCUGUAGUAUACACUUAAUGUGAUUGAUCCUUUGUCAUUUAUUUCAGCCUGCAUAGAUUCUGUUUCUAUCCUGUUAGCUAUGUCUCUUUCUCUACUGCUAUUACCUCCUCCUUCCUUAGCCUUUCUGAUUGUUAUAACCUGCAAUAUUUAGUUGCCAGCCCUGUUUUUUUAUGUGGACACAUUUCUGUUAUUCCUCAUACAUCUUAUUUAAAUAUUGCAUUAUUUCUCUUUUAAAGAAGUACAUUGAUCUCUGUAAACCUGACAGAACAGCCUGCCAAUCAACUGCAUAUCAAUCUAUUGGUUACAGGUUUUACUUUCACUGUUAGAGAAAAAUAGACAUCUGAGCAGAAGCACUAAAUCAUCAGUGAUGUCAUGGGGUUGUAAACUGCCAGCUGCCAUAUUGCUGUAGGCAUAAAGCACCAAUUUAUCAUGUUCUACAGCAGGAAAUGUCUUUGACACAUUCUCCCAUGACCACUUUGCUGCAAUCAAGUUAAUUAUUAGGCCUGGGCUGUGCUAUGCUAACCCAAAUCCAAGAAUAAAUGCAGGUUUUGGUUCAGAGGAUUUGGCCUACUUAUCGAAACUGAUGUCAAGCCAAGUAUCUACAAAAGACCCAAAAGGCAGCCCAAGCCUUCCACAGACGAGGGAUACUGGGACUGUAGCGUUUGUACGUUCAAGAACAGCGCAGAGGCUUUCAAAUGCAGUAUGUGUGAUGUCAGGAAGGGCACAUCAACACGACCGUGCUAUGGCAGGACAGCAAAACAAUCAGGAUGUCAAAGCCCGUCCCAAGGAAAGCCACCGGUCAGCAUCACCACUUCGAAAAGCCAUCCGGGACGACCUACAAGAUCCAACCCAAGCAGCAUGAAGCCUCGCCCAGUGUCUCAGCUGGUGGCACAGCAAGUAACCCAACAAUUUGCAUCACCCACACAACCAAAGAAAGAGAAAAAAGAAAAGGGAGAGAAGGAAAAAAAUGAGAAAGAAACUGUCAGUAAAAAGAACAGCCACAAGAAAACAAGGCCGAGAUUAAAAAAUGUGGAUCGGAGCAGUGCACAGCAUUUGGAAGUGACUGUGGGUGACCUGACAGUCAUUAUUACAGACUUUAAGGAGAAAGUAAGGUCAGCCCCGGCGGCCACUGCUACCUCGAGUACCACUGCUGACCAGCACAGCCUGAGCAGCUCCAGCUCCGACAACACAGAGAAAGGCUUGUCCCGGUCAUCAUCGCCCAGAGGAGAAGGAUCAGUAAACGGUGAAUCCCACUAAAGUACCGGCUGACCUACUUCCUUUACUCACUCCUUGCUCAACGAUUCAAUGGACAGCAUCUCAACAUCUUCAGUCCUGGGCAUUCAGUGUUAAUACUGGCUAGUUGGGCUGCCUUCUUCAGUUUCGGUUUCAGUGCUUUCUAAUACUUGCAUAGCAAUCUGGAACUCCUGCACUGCAGCAUGUUUUUGAGUGUAAUUUUCUAUAACUUAGAUCGGACUGCCUAAGUAAUGUGUUCGAGGACUGAAUUAUGAAGCAGCUGACUUUAAGUAUUCAGUGCUACCUUCGGUCAAUUUUCAAUCGACUGCUGCAGUAACAAAACAAUUUCUGAAAUUCAUUUGCCUAGUUAAGUGCACCUGCUGGUACGUGGUGUGGUUAAAUAGGAACAGCAUUCUCAAAAGCAUUUGUAUAAAUUCUUGCCAACGUUUUUUCAAAACUUGUUAUUUGGAUGGGAAGAAAACACUUAGCCAUUAAAAUUGUGGCUUUACCAAUGUCCACUGUCAUUCAUUUCAGUAAGUUACAGUUUUAAUAUGUAGUCUUGGGCUAAUUGACCAGGUUUGACUGAGGAUACAGUCCAUGCUACUUAACUGCAGCCACUCGGGUAAAGGAAUUGAGUUGCUGUAAUAUAUAAAAAAAAGGAGGGUCAUUUUUGCACCCUUAGCUAAUUGGGAAGGGAUGCAGAUGUGUCGCUUGCGUGACUUUGUAUUUCACGCAUGUCCUCUCAGCUGAGUGCUCCCUGAAAGAAAGGAGGAAACGUUAAUAAUUAGAUGCUUAGUAUGUCUAAAAGUAGUUUCGAUGGUAUGUGUGGGAAUAGUUUAUGAUGAUAUUGCCAGUUCUGGAAACUUCAUUUAAGGUGUUUUGCUGAUGUUUUGAAUUUGCGACAGUAUUUAUACGUAUUGUUGUAAUAAAAAAAGUUAUGCAAGAACACGUUCUAUCUUUGAAGUUCUGUUACUUCUCUACAUUACUUUUUAAAUAGCCUUCUACAUGUAUCGUCACUGGUGAAUGUGUUUUUUUUUGGGACAGCCCUGUGCUGAAACUUUGUGCAAAAGCAGUUGGGAGGUGAACAAAAGGAUUUGUUGAAAUGUCAUGGUCUGAUGUCUAAUUGGUACUAGAUGUGUUUCUGUCCCCUUUUUAUGUACAUCUCAUAUUUUCCAAGCAAUACAAGAAAAAUACCUCAUGGGAAUUAUACCAAUUUUAAAAAAAAUGUGUUUCAGCAACUGAAAAAUAAAAACAUAAGUAGAUCUGAAGUUAUAUUUGUUACCAGCAAGCAAAACACCUUUUUUAAAAAAAAACUAAAUGGUAACAAAAUUAGUCAGUGAUAUGGGGAGGGCCUAGCAACUGUGUGUGAUGUCAGAUACUGUUCCAAUGUAACAUGCAAUAAGUGGCAUAGACUGUAUUUUCAGAUGUAGGUAUUUGAUACUAAUACCUGUAUUCAGUGAUUAUAGAUUGUUUUACAUGAGAUUUUUAUAUCCUUUAAAAAAAAAACUCUCGGUGUUCAUGCUGAUAUGUGUAGUGUUUGGUAUAUAUUUGAUUUCUAUCAGAAAAACAACUCACAAUUAAAAGAUAUUUGAAUUAUAAA